CGGCGAUUGGCGCGGGGUCCGGCCGCCGCUGCAAGGAGUUUAUCCUGAAGCCACCAGCAGAAGGAGACCUCUAGGGGAUCUUGUCACCUGUGGACCGAAAGGGAAAGAGGCCAGUCGGAAGAGGCGCACCUGGAGCCUGCUGGAACCCGCGCUCUGAGCCCGCCAGCAGAGCUGCUCUUAAAGAAGAUUCUAGAAACACGGGCACGACCCUUAGAAGGCUUCCCAGCGCCAUCUACCAGGACAAGUUGGUGGAUCAAAGAAACGCACAGUGGCCCCUCUGACCAGGAGCCUCCGUCGUGCUGACACCCGAAGCACUGCCAGGUCCACCCACCAUGGAAGGCGACUGUCUGAGCUGCAUGAAGUACUUAAUGUUUGUUUUCAACUUCUUCAUAUUCCUGGGAGGCACCUGCCUGCUGGGCGUGGGCAUCUGGGUCAUGGUGGACCCCACCGGCUUCCGGGAGGUGGUGGCGGCCAACCCCCUGCUCUUCACCGGGGCCUACGUCCUGCUGGCCAUGGGCGGCCUGCUCUUCCUCCUCGGCUUCCUGGGCUGCUGCGGGGCCGUCCGCGAGAACAAGUGUCUGCUGCUGUUUUUCUUCCUGUUCAUCCUGAUCAUCUUCCUGGCGGAGCUCUCGGCGGCGGUCCUGGCCUUCAUCUUCAGGGAAAACCUCACGCGGGAGUUCUUCACCAAGGAGCUCACCAAGCACUACCAGGGUAACAACGACACGGACGUCUUCUCCGCCACCUGGAACUCGGUCAUGAUCACCUUCGGCUGCUGUGGAGUCAACGGGCCUGAAGACUUCAAAUUCGCAUCAAUUUACCAAAUGCUGGCCCAAGACAGCGAGGAGGUGCCCGAGGCCUGCUGCCGGCGGGAGCCCCAGGGGCGGAAAGGGGUCCUACUGAACAGGGAUGAGUGCGUCUCGGGGAGGAGCCUGUUCAUCAACACGCAGGGCUGCUACGCGGUGAUCCUCAACACCUUUGAGACCUACGUCUACCUGGCUGGGGCCCUCGCCAUCGGGGUCCUGGCCAUCGAGCUCUCCGUCAUGAUCUUCGCCAUGUGCCUCUUCCGGGGCAUUCAGUAGAGGGCGUGGCCUGAGGACUGGCCCCGCCCACCAAGCCCAGCACCAGUGCCCCUCUGGGUGCCCCUGGCCCCAGGGCGGAGACGAGGCCUUCGUGGGCGGCCAGAAGGGCCAGGAGCGCACAGCUAUUUUUUUUAACAAGAUGAAGACAGAGAUGGGGACUGACGCGCCCUCGCCUGGGCUGGGACCCCGCGCCUGACCCGGGAUGCAGCAAGGCCAGGCCUCUGGGCCCAGCCGGACCAGGGCGCGCCUGGGCCUGGGCGCUCUCUCCCCACAGCUUCGCGACCUGGUGCCAAGAAAAUGAGGACUCGGGCCACAAGAAGACACUGACAAAGCCCCAGAGCCCCCAGGAGACUCGGUGGCCUCACCCUCGGGGGCUCGGAACCUGGAGGGCAGUCCCUGCACUGCCAGGGGACGGAGCUGUGUCCACUGUCAACGGGGGCCAAGGUGGGCUGCUGCCAAACACUGGCUCCGGGAGUGGCCUCGCUGGCAGUCCCUCCUGUCCCCAUCUGUCGGACCAAAUCACCUGUGAGGCCCAGAGAGGGACUGUGGGCUGUCGCGUCACACAGCACACGUGUGGUGGUUCUGAACAAGAACCUGCCUCCUCUCUGAGGUGCGUCUCUCCAUCCGGGACACCAUGGGAUCCGCUGCUCACAUACCCUCUGGCUCAGGAUCCUGGUUUCCCAGGAAACAUGGGCCGAGCUGCCAGGAAAUGCCCCCUCCCGGCUCUGCAGCUAAGAAGUGGAUCGCUGUCCCCCUUUCCCUCACCUCCCCACUUCUCCACCAGCCCCCUGCCAUGGACACACAGCGCUUCCCCUGGGGCACACUGCCCACCUCUCCCCACAGGCUCCUCCUCCCUGUCCAUCCCCAACUCCCUGGCCCCAGGAUGAAAGAAACCCCCCAAAUCUUCUGGUUCUCCCGGUUCCCACCCAGAAUGGAGGCUUGGAUAUGUUCUGCAAGACUCCUGCCAAGAAUUCUCCACCCUCUUCUUGCAUACCUCCAGGGACAGGGAGGUCACUACCUCCCCCGCAGCCUUUGCACUGCUCCCACCCCAGUCAGCUCGACAGACAGAACAGGCUUCUGCUUUCCUCUGGUUCUGUCUGUGCGUCCCACUUGCUCCUUGCCCUUCCUGAGGGUCAAGUUCACACACUGGCUCCCAGAAGCCCUCUUGUCUGUAGGCUAAAGAGCCCCUCAGGCAUCUCAGCCAUUUCUGCUGCAACACAGUGUCCCGUCCUUCUAUUGUCCACGUGAUACUUCUGUGUCCCCCCCAGGCUGCAGCAGAGAUUCCCCCCCCCCACAACCUCACAUCUGUACAGGCGUCACAUUCCAAAUCAGUGUUGGCAAGUAGAUGGCAAGAUGCCUGGCCAGCCCCAGCCCAGCCUCACCUGAGACAGGGCCAGGGCCAGGGGCCUGCCUGCUCUGGACCUGCCCAGCCCUCAGCCCCAGCUUCCCGGAAGGCAGACGGCUGGCCCGGGUUGACCAGAAAUCCCACGUCUAGGCUGGACAGCCCGGGUCCAGGGGCACCCCAAGCCUCCAGGGCCCAUAAGAGUGAGGGUGUCGAUGAAGGGCAGAUCAGGAGGGGCAUGUGGCCCAGGCGGGCCCAGAGUGGCUCCGAGACUCCUCCCCAAGGGCUUUCUGUAAAAGUGCCGAGGAGCCUGUCCACCCCCACACGACUCCCUGCCCUCUGCACCUCUGAGCUUGAAGGGGACACAGGGUUUCUGUCCCUGUGGCAUCUGCUCAGGCUGGUAACAAUCUGCAAGAUCCCCUGAAGUCACCGUCAGGGUCUGGUAGACACUCAGCCCCCGCCGGGGCAAGAGCUAUGGCACCAAGGACCCUGUGAGUGUGGCCCAGCUGCCGAGCCUGAUCUGUGGGCAGGGUCAGGUCGUCUGGGCUUCUCCAGAACAGCCCAGCUGAGACUGUCCCCGACUGAGCCAGCAGCAAGGUGGCCCCUGCCCAUGCUGAGCCUCCCCCCACCCUUGUUAGUGCCCAGCCUGCUUCGGGGGCCCAAGGGGCCCAGACCCGACGGCCCCAACCAGCCAGGGUGGUGGCCGCCCCUCUGCCCAGCAGCCCCCCUCCCUUGCUCUGUGGGUCGCAUGUUGAAGGUCUGUUUUGAGAUCCACAGAGCUGUCACCAUCCCCCGUGAGCCCCUUUUGUGCCGCGCCUCAGGAGGAGUUUGUGACAGAGAACAGGACGCCGCGGAGGGUUUUGCACUGGUUUUUGUGACUGUUUCUUACAAAAAGAAAAAGGAACAAAGAAUAAAUAGUGACCGUGAAGAAUGGGGGUGACUCGGAGGGGC